GCAAGCACGACGAGACCACCCGCAAUAUUUUUCUUUUUGUUUAUAAAGCAGUUUUUUGUUUUUUAUAUUAAUUAUCACAUUUAUUUUUGCAUUUUAUUACUUCACAUUUAAAGUUAAGUGCUUUUUUAUUAUGAUUUUGAUGAGAGAAGUUGAAGAAAAACUUUAAAUUCAGUGAAUUUUACUUAAAGAAAAACGAGAAUAAAAUGUGAAUAAUAUUAAUAGCAAAUAAGAACAAAAAGAAUAUAAAAUUUCUUCUGCCUUUCAAAAGGAUGAUUCUUCAUAACAAAAUGCAGUACUUUUAUUUUCCCAUCUUUUCUUUCACAUGGGCCUUCCUGUUAAUUUCAUUUCUUCAUUCAACAAGUGCUUCUAUUUCAAAAUAUCCAGAUUCAAUCGAAACUUCAAAAUUAUCACUUGAACCGAUUAAUGGAACGAAAAACUUUCGAAUGCAUGGAAAGAAAUCCAAAGAUGACAAAUGGACUUGGGAGGGACGUGAAGGACGUUACAUUUAUUGUGUUCGUGAAGCAGAAGCGAAAUGUGAAGAAUUAGAAUAUACAAAACAGUGUUUUGGUCGCAAUAUUCCCUAUCCAAGCACGACAUUAGAUCUCACCAAAUAUUACAGUCAAGAUCAAUCAUUAGAACAACUCAUAAGUUAUCAAGCUCUAAAACAUGUUCCCAAAUGUUGGGCCGUCAUUCAACCAUUUCUCUGUGCUGUUUUCUUCCCCAAAUGUGAGAAUAUCAAUGGUGUCGAUAUGGUUUACCUGCCAUCAUUAGAAAUGUGUAAAAUAACGAUGGAACCUUGUCGAAUUCUUUACAACAGCAGUUACUUCCCCGAUUUCCUCAAAUGCAAUGAAACAAACUUCCCGUCGAAAUGCAACAACGAUGUCAGAGAAAUGAAAUUUAAUUUAACUGGUCAAUGUUUGAAGCCUUUGGUGACUGUUGAAGAUCCAGCAAAUUCAUAUAAGGAUAUUGAAGGAUGUGGAAUCGAAUGCAAAGAUCCACUUUACACUGAUGAUGAACAUCGACAAAUACGACAAUGGAUUGCAUGGGGUGCAAGUUUAUGUUUAGUUUUGCAUAUAUUUGCAUGCUUUACAUUCGCUAUUGAUUGGCGAAACAGCGAUUCAUAUCCAACUCUCAUCAUAUUCUUCGUGAAUCUUUGUUGCAUGAUUUCUUGCAUUGGUUGGCUUGCACAAUUCAAUCCUGGAUCACGAGAAGACAUCGUUUGUCGUGUUGACAACACAUUGAAACAAGGUGAACCGAGUGGUGGUGAAAACUUGUCAUGCAUCAUUGUCUUCAUCUUCGUUUAUUACUUUCAAAUUGCUGAAAUUUGUUGGUUUGUCAUCUUCACUUACGCUUACUACAUGAACUUUAAUGCAAAUGGAAGGUUUCAAGAGAGGAUCGAUAAAAAAGCUUCUUACUUUCAUUUAAUUGCUUGGAGUAUUCCGUUGGUAAUGACAAUCUCGAUUCUUGCAAUAUCAGAAGUUGACGGGAUUAGCAUUGUUGGCAUUUGCUUCGUUGGAUACGUCAAUCAUGCUAUUCGUGGUGGUGCAGUCUUAGGACCGGUGCUAUGUGAAUUAAUCAUUGGAGGAUUCUUCCUUAUUCGAGGUUUGGUAAUUCUUAUCAAUGUGAAAAAUUCAAGCAAACAAAUCAUAUCGAAACGUGCCAGUAAGAAAGUUGAUCGUUGGAUUUUAAGAAUGGAAAUUUGCGGUGUACUUAGAGGCGUCAUAAUUGUCAUAAUUCUCUUGUGCCAUAUUUACGAGUUCAAGAAUGCUAGUGGAUGGAGUGAAAGCUUGCGGAAUUUCAUAAUAUGUAAAAUAACUUCAACAUAUUCUGAUGACGAUUCUUUAACUUGCAAACUUCUUAAUCGCCCAUCAAUUGCUAUUCUUCAAGUUGAAUUGUUGGCGUUCUUUGCAUCGAAAAUUGUCAUGGCUUCAUUUGUGUUUACGCCAUCAACGAUCAAAAUAUGGCGACGAUUCAUUCGAACAAAGCUUGGACAUAAAGUUGAAGAACCUGUGAAAUUUCAAAAGCAUAAAAUGGUGAAACAAGCUUAUGCAAUGAGAGAAGUUCUUCAAAAUCGUGGUCGAUUGUCAAUCAGCUUUCAUAAUUCUCACACUGAUCCAGUAGGCUUAAAAUUUGACAUGAAUUCAGCUGUUGGUUCAAACGAUUUCAGUACAACUUGGGCGAAUAAUUUACCAGCAUUUGUGACCCGUCGGAAUGCUUUCACUGAAUGUGCAUCAACAUCAAGUGAUGCUCAUAGUUGGAAUUCUAUUGACAGUGAAAUCAGUUUCAGUGUUCGCCAUGUGUCAGUUGAGUCAAGAAGAAGUUCGAAUGAUUCUCAAGUGUCUGUGAAGAUUGCUGAAAUGAAAACAAAAGUUGCAAGUCGAUCGCGUGGAUCUAAAUCAAAGCCACGAUCAUCGAGACAUCAAAGGAAAGAUUUUACAACGCGUCGAAAUGGAAGGAAGGAAAGCAGCACAUCGAUGGAAUCACAAAUUGUAGCGAUGGCUCAAAAGAGGUCUCGUCAUGUGCCGGUAUCAGAAAGUGACAUGGUAGGUGGAAUGUUGGUCCCUAUUGGAGCUAAACGAAGGUCAGGAAUUUCAUCACUCGCACCAGCACAAAUUCAUGAACUGAUUGAAAGAAAUAAAAUUUUACUGCCAUUUUUAACAACGUCAGAAGAUGAAAAGUCGUCAGUUGGUUCGUUAAACCUUCAAGACUCGAAGCUUGAUGUUAUUCUCAAGCAAAUUGGAUUAAGUGAAGAGAAGAUUAUCGACAAUAAAUUUAAGUCUGAUGAUAACAACGGCGACAGUGGUUUGAUGGAAAUGCAAGUGAGAAAAUCAAAUAGCGUCGACAUUUCUGACUUCACGAGUGACGAUAAUCUCACCACUGGAACGGGAAGAAUGAGCAAGAAUAGUAACAGAAGUAUUGGAAGUAAGAAAAGUCUUAAAACUGGCAAUAUGAGAUUAAGAAGAAUAAGGAAAACGUCAAAAUCAUCUGUUGCAAAGUCUGCAAAUCUGUUGACAGUUACAAAUGGAUCGGGAAGAAUAAAAACUGAUAAAAAGUCAGAAAAGGAAAAGAAAUUGAAAGAUAAAGAGAAGAUUCGAACUUCUCAUGACUUGAAGAUAUUAAAUGGAAAUCUUCAAGGAUCGACAUCAGGUCGAAGUAAUGUUGGGAUUCAAACGGAAAUUCCUUCGGAAACAUUUUCAUCCAUUGAACAUGAAGAGAAGACGAAGAAACAAAUAACUCAUGAUGAUAAUGAAGACGAUGACCAAUCAAUGGAAACUCACAAACUUCUCUCGAAGCAUUUUUCAUUAAGUUCGUCAAUGAAACGUCGCGAUACAAACGAAACUUCACUCACGGAAUCUGAGAAGCUUAAACUUCUCUUGCUUCCAUCAAAAUGAUGAUAUUUUAAUAAAAUAACUCGUAAGUUUAGAUUGUAAGCAAAAAAUUUUGAUUUUUUUUAUUUGACUUUUAAAUGAAUCUCAACGACCGAACAAAAUAUUUCAAUUGUGCCUCUAAAUGACAUAAUUUUUAAUAAGAAGAAUUACAUAAUAAUAUUCAUCGAUUAAUGAUUUAUGUUGCAGCAUGUGAUGACAAUAAAACAACAGUCGAUAAUGUCACGAGUUUUAAUUCAUAACAAACAAAUUGAGAAAUUUAUGUGUUUGAAAUUUUUUAAUUUUUUUUAAUCAAACAAACAACGAGGAAAAAUGUCAAUAAUCUAUGACAAUAAUAAAAUUGAUGUUUUCGAGAAAAUCUA